GGCGGCCCUCCCUCCCCACCCACUCAGGCUCACUCACUACAAGCAGCACUGCAUUUGCUGGGCUGCUCUUGUACUGGCGUCUUUGCCGCAAUGAUCCUCCACUGCAUGGGGCCCGCUUCAGUUCUGCCGUUCGUUCUUCUGCGGCGACCGCUUCUCCUUUCUGCCUUGACCUCUUCUUCUUCUCCUCCUCCUCCUCCUCCUCUUCUUCUCAUCCUUCUUUCUCUUCCCUCUCCCUCCUCUCCCUCCACACGCUUUGCAGCCUCGUUGCUCAACACCACCCCCACCAUCGCAUUCUCCUCCCCGCACCACAGGGCCUCUUUUGGGAUAUCGCUUUCCCGAUUCGAGAUCGGCAAUCCACUCCCGGACUUUCGCGCGACUCCACGCUCUUCCCGAGUUCAAUUUCCGUGUCGUGAUCCGCCCACCAAGUCCGCGGAGUCGUGGGUUGCGCGAUUUAGCACGCGUCGUUCCGGCGUGUUCCCCAACCUGCAAAUCCUCAUCCCAUCUAUGGUCGACCGAUUCGUGUCUUCAGCAAUCUAAGAGACCAUGGUCUUGUUCAAGCGGAAACCGGUUCAGUACCUCCCACGACCCGUCAUUGAAGAUGACAGCUCCGAGGUACGGGCAGCCCUCAACAACAAUU